UCAAGUUGUUCGCCUUCUGUUUCCCUUUCUUCUGCCUCUAAAUGAAAGGAGAGCUCUAAUCAACUGGAAUAUCCCUCUCUUUUUUCCCUUCUCCGUUGGAAAGUGAACAGAUGAAAAAUGCACUAUUUUGGGGUGAUGGCUGCAUUGUCUGUUUUCAACAUCAUCACUUGUUUGGCAAGAGGCAAGCCCUUGGAAGCCUGGGGCAAAUUAUCAGCUAUGGAGAACUCUGAUAAAUCCUUUGGUGAUCCCGGAGAGGUGGAGGGUGAGACCCAUUUCAACUUUAAAACCUUCCUGGAAAACAUGAAAGCCGAUUUCCUGAGGAGUUUGAACUUAUCAGGUGUCCCUUCGCAAGAGAGGUCUAGAGAGGAACCACCACAAUUCAUGAUUGACCUGUACAACAGAUAUGCCAAGGACAAGUCUUCCAUCCCUGCAUCCAAUAUUGUGCGGAGCUUCAGUACUGAAGAUGUUGUUUCUCUGGCUUCCCCGGAAGAAAACCCAUUUCAGAAACACAUCUUACUCUUCAACGUCUCUAUCCCGCGGCACGAGGACGUCACCAGGGCUGAGCUGAGAAUCCACAUAUCCUGUAAUAGGGACAUUGGGCCUCUCUCUAGACUGGAAAGCAACAUGGUCAUUUAUGAUGUUCUGGAUGAAGACCUCUGGGAAAGUCCAGAAGGCACCAACUCAUUCCUUGCCACCCAAGAUAUCCAGGAAUGUGGAUGGGAAAUGUUUGAGGUGUCCAGUGCUGUGAAAAGAUGGGUCAGGGCAGACAAAUCAAAGACUAAAAACAAGCUUGAAGUUGUUGUUGAGAGAAAAACCCUGGGUGACUUCGCUUGUGGGAAGCUGGAUAUCAGUGUUAUGCCCGACACUAAAAAUUUGCCCUUGUUAAUAGUGUUCUCCAAUGACCGCAGCAACGGGACCAAGGAGACCAGAGUGGAGCUCCGGGAGAUGAUUGUUCAUGAGCAGGAGAGUGUGCUAAAGAAGUUAGCAAAGAACAGCACUUUGCCCGAAGAGGAAGAGGAGGCAGAGGAGAAAUCCUUAUCCGUCCCUGGACUCCACCAGCCUUCAUCGAGAAGCAAGAGAAGCACUGGUACCAACCACUGCCGGAGAACCUCCCUCCGUGUGAACUUCAAAGACAUUGGCUGGGAUUCCUGGAUCAUUGCGCCCAAAGAUUACGAUGCAUUUGAAUGCAAAGGGGGCUGCUUUUUCCCUCUGACAGACAACGUGACCCCGACGAAACAUGCUAUUGUCCAAACCUUAGUGCACCUCAAAAACCCCAAGAAAGCUGCCAAGGCCUGUUGUGUUCCUACCAAACUGGAUUCGAUUUCCAUCCUCUACACUGAUGAUGCUGGGGUACCCACUUUGAAAUAUAACUACGAGGGGAUGAAAGUAGCAGAAUGCGGGUGCAGGUAGUACAGGGCAGCAGCUUUGACAGUAAGAUCCAACCUUUCUGCUGUUGUGUAAAUCUGUACAUUAAUGAUGUAAAUGUAAAUCCACACAGGCAAGCUUUUUUGUUUUUAAAACUAAAGCUUUCCAGAAUGGCAGUCACUGUAAAUAAAUUGCACAUAACGGGGUACAAUGAAACCCAUGUUACAAUAUUGUGCGAUUGAAAGCCCAA